AGCCACUAAAAUUAACAUGUUGAUAUAUUCCCUAGGACUGAACAUGCCCGCGCAAGUUGAGUUUUUCCAGUUAUUCCCCUCCUCACAACUUGACCACCAUGUCUGCGGUGGCGCCACCAUUUUCAUCACUCCAGCACCACGGUCUUCACCGCAGCAUCCAAGUCGAAAAACCCAUCAACAGCAAAGCUAAAUUACCUGAUUCAACCCCACAGAAUUCUCAGUUCUCUUUACCUCAGCAAAUAAACAGUUUAUGCCAAUCCAAUGACCUCAACAAGGCCUUAAAAUUACUACAACAAGAAGCCAAGAAUGUCGAGCGCAGUUCUUCUGACAUGGUUUCUGCAUUGGGGCUGUUGUUGCAAGCUAGUGGCCAUCAGAAAGAGACUGAAAUUGGCAGAAAAGCUCAUGAGUUGGUUUCUGAUUUUACCCCUUUUAAAGAUGACAUUUUUCUUAAUACAAGUGUUAUUACAAUGUAUUCAAAUUGUGGGUUUCCUUUAGAUUCUCGUAUUGUUUUUGAUCAAUCAACGGUAAAAGAUUUGUGCUUGUGGAAUGCAAUUGUUAGUGCGUAUGUCAGAAAUGAGCUUUGGUUUGAUGCAUUGUUAGUCUUUUGUGAGUUGUUGAUUGCGUGUGAAUGUAAGCCGGAUAAUUUUACUUUCCCUUGUGUGAUUAAGGCUUGUGGGGAGAUUAUGGACUCAGGGUUGCUGCAGAGUGUUCAUGGUUUAGGAUUGAAGAUGGGUUUGGCUUGUGAUCUUUUUGUUUGUAAUGCAUUGGUUUCUAAUUAUGGGAAAUUUGGGUUGGUUAUGGAUGCUGCUAGGGUGUUUGAACAUAAUGCUAACAAGAAUUUGGUUUCUUGGAAUUCGAUGAUCUCUGUAUUUUCCAAGAACGGGUGGUAUGGAAGCAGUUUAGGUUUGUUUGGAAGAAUGUUAAAUAGUCAAGAAGGUAUGGUACCUGAUGAUGCUACGCUGGUGAGUGUAUUGCCAGUUUGUGCUGCAGAGGGAGAAAUAGAGAUGGGGAGGAUGAUUCAUUGUAUAGCAGUGAAGAUGAAAUUGAGCAAGGAGGUAAAGGUGAGUAAUGCUUUAGUGGAUAUGUAUGCAAAAUGUGGGUAUGUGACUGAAGCUCAAGUAGUUUUCGACAAGAAUGAUAGCAGAAAUAUAGUUUCUUGGAAUUCCCUAAUUGCAGCUUAUUCUAGAGAUGGGGAUGUUUGUCAAACGUUCAACAUUUUGCAGAAUAUGCAAGUUAAGAGUUCUUUGGGUGCUAAUGAGGUUACGAUAUUGAAUUUGUUACCAGUUUGUUUACAAAGGUCGGAACUAUUGAGGGUAAGGAUACUUCAUGCCUAUUCACUUAGACAUGGGUUUCAAUAUAAUGAGCUGGUAUUGAACGCGUUUAUAACAGCCUAUGCAAAGUGUGGGUCAUUAAGAUCUGCUCGGAAUGUCUUUAAUUGCAUUGAGAACAGAACUGUGAGUUCUUGGAAUGCUCUUCUUGGUGGUUAUGCACAAAAUGGAGAUCCUUCAAUGGCUCUUGAUAUUUACCUCCAAAUGAGUUCAUCUAACUUGGAUCCUGACUGGUUUAGCAUUUCAAGCUUACUUCUAGCGUGUACUGAGCUUAGAUCUCUUCGGCAUGGCAAAGAAGUCCAUGGAUUUCAUAUAAAAAAGGGUUCAGUCACCGACCCAUAUAUCUUUGUAUCUCUGAUUUCACUAUACACUCGUUGUGGAAAACUAUUAUGUGCAAAGUUUUUGUUUGAAGGGAUGGAAGAUAAAAGUUUAGUAGGCUGGAAUGCGAUGAUUAGCGGUUACUCACAGAAUGGACUGCCUACUGAAGCAAUAAAUCUUUUUCGCAAGUUGGUGUGUGAGGGAAUACAACCUCAUGAAAUUGUAAUAACAAGUGUUCUUGGGGCUUGUUCACAGCUAUCAGCUUUGCGACUUGGCAAAGAAACUCACUGUUUUGCUCUGAAGGCUGGCCUGAUUGACGAUUUGUAUGUUGGUUGUUCUAUUAUAGAUAUGUAUGCACAUAGUGGCUCAAUAAAACAAUCACAGAGGGUCUUUGAACAUUUAAAGAAAAGAGAUGUUGCAGCAUUGACAUGUUUAAUAGCCGGAUAUGGUAUUCAUGGAUGCGGGGAAGAGGCCCUGUAUCGUUUCCGUGAAAUGCAAAUGUUAGGCUUAAAGCCAGACAGGUUCACUUAUAUGGGUAUUUUGAUGGCAUGUGACCAUAUGGGGUUGAUUGAAGAAGGCAUCAAGUGUUUAAAUGAGAUGCAGGUUAUGCAUGGAGUGGAGCCAGAACUAGAGCAUUAUGCUUGCGUCAUUGACAUGCUGGGUCGAGCUGGUCGAUUUGAUGAUGCUGUAGAGCUGAUAGAGGAUAUGCAUGUAGAACCUGAUGCUGCAAUUUGGAACUCAUUGCUCAGUUCAUGUAGAUUAAGAGGGGAACUGGAUUUAGGAAAGCAAUUUGCUGGUAAGUUGUUAGAAUUGGAGCCAAACAAAGCAGAUAAUUACAUUUUACUCUCAAACUUGUUUGCUGGAUCCGGAAAGUGGGACGAUGUGAGAAGAGUCAGGUUAAGGAUGAAAGAACUGGGACUUGGAAAGAAAGAUGCAGGCUCUAGCUGGAUUGAAGUUAAAGGGAAAACUUACAACUUCGUAGCUGGUGAUAAAAAGUUCCUGGAGUCCAAAGAGAUCCAAGAAAUUUGGUCAAGUCUGGAUGUUGGGAUAAAUGAGAUUGGUUAUGUGCCUGAAACUGUCGAGGUCACUACUUCAUGAUUAAGUGAAGGAAAGAUGAGUAAGUAGAGGAUUCAGAGUGGCCAUAAUGAGAAACUAACUUCUUCAUUUGGCCUGCAAUAAGAUCAGAAAGCAAAGAUUUUGAAGGGAUCACACCCAGAAACUAACAAUAUUUUGACCUGUUUAAAGCAGUGAAAGGAAUAAACGUACUAGCAUCCAAGGAUCACAAAAAUACGCCUACUUUUCAAGAUAGUUACAAUUCAGCCAGACUGGAACAAAUUCCACAUUUCAGAUCCCUGGUAUAGGUUAAUGGAAGUUAAAAGACCAUGGUAGUAUCUUACUUGAAUUACAGUUAGUGAUGUGUACAACUAUGGUUUAAAUGAUUUACUUUGUAUAAAUACAUGUUCCAUGUUACAAUAAAAAUCCCAGAUACAAUUUUUUGAAUGCCAUUAUAAUUCUGACCACAAAAACCUUCUACCUAAUGAUUCAACACAACUCAUAUUCCAAAAUCAAGGUAUGCAUGAUCAACUCCUUUAGAUUUUAAAUUUAUUUAUACACAGAAUUCAAAAAUAAGCUAGCUACAUAGCAUACAUCUAUACUGUUCCAUCAUAUUGCAUACAAAAACAUUCAGAUUGUCACCAAACCAAAUCUCGAGACAAAUAUACUCACUCUUUCCUAGAACAAAGACUAGACAUGUGGUUAAACUUCAAACGCAACCCAGCAAAUUCCUUACAAUUGGUUGCAAAAUGAAGUCAUUGCACUUGCACAUCUCUAAGGCUCCUCUUCCUACGCUCGUAAUCAGGAUCAUCUGUUGGCAACUCAUAUCGACAGACUGGACAGGUAUUCCUGAUUCCCAGCCAAGGCACAAUGCAUUCUCCAUGGUAACGAUGUGAACAAGGUAGCUGUUUUGCCUUUUCCCCAACAUUCAUCCCAUCCUUACAAACAGCACACAGUGCAUCAUCAUUCUCCACAUCUUCUUCCUUUAUAAGCACCAAAUCAAGAUUCUCAACAACAUUCUUAGAAGCCGGUGGUCUCCCUAGUACUGCAUUUUCAUUCUCACCAAACUGUGCAAACAAGGUCUCGUACUCCGCCGUCAUGUACUCAUCAUGAUCAACAUAACCACCAUCCGCGUCAUCAUUCCCAAACCCGUGAUUGACCCCAAAAUUAUUCACAUUCAACAAAACUUCCCACUCUAAAUUCACCCUAGUUCGACUUCUCUCUGCAUCACCCACCCCUCCCGAUUCUCUCAACUGCAAAACAGAAGCAUCAUCAUUUCCCUCAUCUUCAAAAAACAUACUCAAAACCUCCCGAUCUUCUACUCUACCAUCAACUUCCUCCCACUCAAAAUCUCCAUUACCAUUGCUCUCAUUAUUAUUCACAUCCAUAACUUCUUCCAACUGUAAUGAAUCCAAACAAAUCCCAAGACCAUCCCCGUCCUCCUCAUC